GGUUACUAGAAUGGGAGCUAUGUAGCCAGCUGGUCGUGGACUCGUGGUGACGUGAAAAGUAUAAAACAAACUCUGAAGAAACCCGUAGGUUAGAAAUUGAAACUGAACCUGUGUUGAUAUUGCACCAAGUAACCCGAAAAGAAAUUAAAGAAAUUAACUACCUAAAGUAAAAAUGUCUUCGUAUCUCGGCCUCGAAAAGAAUAUCUCUUACUUCACUAUCCCGGCGGCGAUCGUUCUGGCCCUGCUGCCGCGAGUGUACUCGGGUCUCACGGGUCCAGGCAAGAAGUUCUUCGACCCUAACAACCCACGCUCAUUCGCGUCCAAGCUCGAGACCGCUGAACUAGACAAGAAAUUAAAAGGCCGGCUGCUACGCGCCGAAUCAGCGAGCGCCAACGCCUUUGAAAAUCUCGGCUUCUACGCCGCGGCCGUGACGGCCGGGAAUGCCGCCAGUCUCCCUGCCGAGACGCUGAAUAAUCUGACCUUGGGCUAUUUGGCGGCUCGCGUGGUCUACACGUGGAUUUACAUUUGGGGGCAGGAGAACCGCAGGAUUACUCCCUUUAGGACGGUGGUCUGGGGGGUCGCUAUGGGUUUCUGCAUAGCUUUAUUCUCGCUUGCCGGCAUCCGAGGUCCAUGACUGGGUUGUGUCUAGGGACUGCCUCGGUCUUUUCGCGUUGAAGAUAUUAUUAUUAAUAUUUAAAUUAGAUUUAUACAUAUGAAAAGCAGAUCAAGAAUAA